AUGCCGCGUCUCAUCGCAGUACACAUGCCCCCAAAGCCAACGGACACCGAGUCCGUUGGCUCGACUCACACCGAGUUCGUCGAGAUGGCGGACUACGUGUCCGAAUCCAUCCACGACUUUGUCCCUGAUGGUCCGGUCAAGAUUAUGGAUUGCUUCAUCCCUGUCAACUUCGUCGUGCUUGACUUGGACGUUUCCAAGGAAACGCUGCUUAUCCUUGGACGUCCAUUCUUGAGCACUGCGGGGGCACAGAUCAAUGUUGGAGCUGGAGAAAUCCGUUUCAACAUCAAUGGCAAGGAAGAGAAGUUCCUGUUCCAGCCCAAGAUAGAGCAAUGCUCCAUGAUCAAAAUCAAGUAUGGGCCAAACCCACAAUGCAUUACUGAGGUCGUACUGACACCAAGGAAGCAAGACAACCUCGUUGACAUCACGAAGGAAAUCAUAAAAGAUGGAAAGAAUGAGGUUGAAAGAACACCAAGAGUAGAAACACAUUCCUCGAUACCUCUACAAGAUCAACCAUCCACACCGAGGAACAAAAAGGGUGGGUCAAGCUCCCGUCAUUCUCCCGAACCUACACUGACACCAAGAAUGAUGGACUAUGAACAAGACGAACAAGCAGAACCAAUGCAGGAGCACGCUGCAGAAUCGCAAGCUGAGGACAUGGAGAUUAAUGAUGAAGACGCACCGUACCUCGACUUGUGGGAUGAUCUCUAA